AUGAACAGUAUUGAAGGGUAUGUUACUUGUCCAUUUAACAAAUCACAUAGAAUUAUAAAUCAUCGGUUUCAAAAACAUUUGUCAAAAUGUCGUAAAAAUUAUCCAAAAAAUACUAAAGUUGUAUGUCCAUUUGAUGCAUCACAUAUGCUAAAUCCAGAAGAAUAUGAGAAUCAUCUUUCAAUAUGCUCAACCAGUGGAAAUAUAAAAUGUUAUCAAUACAUAUUAGAUACCGAUCGAGAAGUUGGAACAAUUUCAUUAGAAGAAGCAUGUAACACACAGACCAAUUUCAUUAAUGAAGACUGGUCUGGAAAUAACCCAACAUAUGAUCCAAAAGUUACAAUAGAAAGUAAAAAUAUAAUUAGACCACCAAUAGGUAUGUCAAAAUCAAAGAAGAAGCAAUUUAAGCAGUAUGAAAGAAAUAGAAUAUUAUCUCUUGAAAAUAAGAAUUCCUGUGUUGAUAGUAGUAGUACUCAUACAAAAGUUAUGGAAAAGCAGAUAGACUUUGAACAACCAUUACAAGCUCCUAAAAAUCUUACUAAAACAGUAUUAUAUGAUCAAGAUUUUGCUAAUAAUCUUAUUUGUAAAUUAAAUAAACUUUGUAUAAAGGAGGGCAAUAAUUUAUCAGAAAAGGAUGACAUGUCCAUCGUAACUACCAAAAGUUACAUGGAAACAGAUUUCGAAAACCAUAGUUUAAAAAAUAGUAUUAUUGAUACAAGUAAUGUUUCUUCAAUUUCAAAAAAUAUUUCUAAACAAAAAGAUGUAGAAAAUGUUCUUAAUGAAGAAAAUGAUGCUGUUGCAUUAUUUCAAAAUAUUUUGGAGGUUGAAGAAGAUAUAUUUAAAGAAAAUAAUUCUAAAAUGCAAAAAGACUGUAAAGAGAUUAAUAUUCAUAAAGAUGUCCAUCAGCCAAAUUUGAAUAAAGGAAAGAAAAAUGAAGUUUGGAAAAUUAAUCAGUUAAAUCCAAGAACAGCAAAAGGAUUGUAUAGAGAGGUAAACAAAAUUAGCACUGGAAGAGGAUUUACUACAGCUUAUCAAUAUUUGAACUCUAGUAUGAUAAAAUCAGAAAAAGGAAAUGAAAAUUCAGAAGACUUCAGUUCUAUUUAUGGUUAUGACAUGCAAUAG